GACAUUUUUGACAGCUUCCCCCCCUUUUACCUAUCUAAAAAACCAAUCCAAACAGAGGGGAUAAUGGGGAGUACUGGAUCCAAGGGAGAGAGGAAGAAGAUUGUCGUUGCGGAUAUCUUGGCGGCGUCUACUUCGACAAUGGAUUCCCCUAGUAGUAGUUCGGCAGCUCAAAUUGCUAAAGGAUGGAAAUGGAUUUCUAAUGCCUCUACUGCUGGGAAUGGAAGAGUUUGGCUGUUAUGGAACUCUAACAUGCUUGAUAUCACCUAUUUAUCUUCCUCAGAUCAUUGCCUUACAUGCCUUAUUAAAUCUCUGGAUGGGAGGAUUAAUUGUUAUAUUUCAUUCAUUUAUGCUUUCAAUUCUAUAGAAAGAAGGAUUAGUCUAUGGGAUGAGCUCACAUCUUUUAAAAAUCGUGUCAACAUCCCUUGGUUACUUAUGGGUGAUUUUAAUGCUAUUCUAUCUGGAAAUGAAAUACUUGGGGGAUCCUCAAUCACAGGUAAUGAUGCAGAAUAUUUUCAAAGACGCGUUGAGGUCUUCCUAGCAAUCAAGAUUGCAAUGCUUAUUAAUAUUAUUGUUCUUAACAAGCCUAUCCCUACUGAACAUGAACAAUGGUUUACGUAUCUUGAUGUAAUUCAACUGCUUAUUUGA